AUGAAUAUGGAAGAAGAAGUGGACGGCGAUUUAUCCAGUGAAGGUUCCGAAGACUUAAUCCUAAACCUGUACAAAAAUGCCAAAAUGAACCAUAGCACAGUAUUUUUCGAAUCAAAAAUCAACCAGGUCCUCGAAAAUCAACUCGUACUGGGUUCCUUUUGCGAAGAGUACCCGUACCAAGACGAAACAAAAGUCGUUGCAUCUCUGGUGCCCGACGAAAUAAUCUACGACAUCGACAAUUAUAACAUCCGAUCAAUCGAAUGCUGUCUUUUAUUUGGCGAUGUUUCCGGCUUCACCGAACUCCUAGAGAGAUACAGCAACGCGGGCGACGGUCCGGCAAAAGUCACGCAAGUUUUGAACAGUUACAUUGCGGCGAUGGUGCAAGAGACCAUGUCUCACGGUGGAGAUAUUUUAAAGUUCUCCGGUGAUGCUUUCCUCGUCAUUUACAAAAAGAGCGACACCGUACCCAUGCGGGAUGCGGUACACGAAGCAAUCGAUUGUGGAUUGAUCAUACAAAAGUCGUAUGGCAACUACACAACUGAUGUGGGAAUUGUUAUUAGAGUAAAAUUGAUCAUAUCGGCUGGAACACUGUUUUUCGCCUUGAUUGGUGACGAUAAAAGUUCUCACUAUCUGGAAGUAGGUCAGCCGAUAUGGGAUAUAAAGGCAGCCGAUUCUAAAAGCUGCCCGGGUGAUGUUUUGGUUAGUCACAGUGCUUGGAAGUAUAUCAAUUUGAAGGAGUACAAUUACAUUGCUCUGGACGAUAAAAACCAUAUAAAAAUACAAGGUGUAGGUGCUCAGUGGAGAGGCGUUGAAUAUGUCAGGAAAAUCCCCAACCUCCAAACUAAGUCCAAACUUAUAUCAAAACGUAUAGACGAUUCUUAUAUGAUUAGACCAGCUAUAAAUUUUGCAUUCAGCAAGGGAUUAAAGGAGAAAUUAAGAAAGUUCAUAAUAAAGCAAGUUAUGGAUGCACUUGAUCGCAAAGAACCCUUAGAUUAUCUCACCGAAGUGAGAGAGGUGACAGUGAUGUUCAUGAACAUUGUUUUGAGUAGCAAAAAUGCAGAUGUAAUUUUGAACCUGGCAAAUCAAAUUUACUACAUUGUAUGCAGGGAUUUGUUGGAGUUCAAGGGCCAAAUGAAUAAGAUGAACAUGUUCGACAAAGACCUGAUGAUGUUGGCAAUGUUCGGUCUUAGAGGCGACAAAGACGGCACGGAAGCCGAAAGGGCUUUGAAAUGUGCCUGGAAAUGUCGUCAAGAAAUAAUACAAAUUGAAGGAAUCGAAACGCUGUCGGUCGGUGUUUGUUCCGGUACAACUUACUGCGGUGUGUUCGGCCACACGCUGCGGAAGGAGUAUACCGUGAUGGGAGUGGUGGUCAAUAAGGCCGCUAGAUUAAUGAUGGCCUAUCCUAAUAUGAUAACUUGCGAGAGACAGACAUUUUUACUCAGCAAAAUGAAAUUCAUGUUUUUCAGCUUGAAGGAGCACAAGUAUCUGAAAGGAAUCCGACGUCCUGGACCAGUUUACGAGUACCAACAGUUCAAAGUACGUGAAAAAAUGGCAAUUCGACUGGAUAGAUUCCCGUUGCUGGAAAGGAAGGUCGAACUAGUUCUUUAUCAUAACUUACUGGCCAGUGCCAUGGGUAGUUACGGGAAUCUCAACAUGAAGAUCAUCAACAUCUUAAUCACAAAGGCUAAACGGUUGAUGGGUAUGCACCGGUUACACGAGGAGUUUAUUAUUAGUACUCCCAAAACCAUACCAAUUAACACAAUUUAUUUACUACCUGAUGACGUCCAAGACAAAUACGUAACACUGAGAAUGUUGUUUUAUCCCGUAAUGGGUCUCACUGAGGAGUCAGAUAGCCGACAUAUAGAAAACGUACUGGCUGAUCGCCUGAAAGGAACGGAUGAAGAACAAGACUUGUGGUGUUUAAACGAGAUAUUUCACGUGAAUUUUCCUGGAAAAAGUUCUUACGAAGAGGUCUACAUAGGCCACAUCAGAAGAAGAGUUCUCAGGAAACUAAUAGAUAUGAGCUUUUUCACCUUGUGGGUGGUGAUGAUCAGGAAAACAGACUACGUGUCUCCGGAAGCUUGGAACUACAUCCAGGAUAUUAGCAUACUUAACAAAAUAUUCUUUACGUGUCAAAUGAACGAACAAACUAUAAAGAUGAAGUACCAAAAUGUUAAAACGAUUACCCUCGGACCCAUCAAUAAGGCCUAUCACAGUGCUUUAGCUUGUCAGUUUUUAAAAGUCCGCGGCAUAAGCUCCGAAUUGGAGAGGUUAAUUCAAGCUUAUGGCGGUACACCUGGAUAUUUAGAACAUUUGUUGAUUUGUAUGGCACACUCCAAUGAAUUAUGGAUUAAAAGUGUGACGAAGAAGCAAGCCUAUGAUAGUGGAUAUGUCUUACCGCCAAAUUAUCUCUUUGAACGAGGAAUGGUUGAUUCGUCACCCCAAAAUGUUAAAUGGACGAUGUACAUGGAUUGUUAUAAGGAAAGUUUCCAUACAAUGAACGACGAGUUGCGCUUCGAAAAAGAACAAACCGACAAUGUGUUGAUACGUGUAGCGCUGAUCAAUCACGAUGAGUUCGACAUAAAGACAUGCAAAAUCGUUAGUGAACAAGAUUCAGAGGACACCACGAAAAUGAUUAUGAAAUUCGACACGUUAACUCCUUUCGAACAACUCAUGGCGAAGUGUAGCUCUACUUUGCACCUGCAGUUCGAAAGAAACAAACUGAUGUAUGUGAUGAACACUGAACCGAAUCGCCAAGCUGCAAUUGCUAUUAAGUCGUUGUUUGAAAAGAAGGUCUUGGUUUGCGCUUAUGGUGAUUUCUUCGAGGGCAACGACAUGAUAUUCAAGGGACGAUUGAUAAAUCCCAGCAAAAUAAGGGAUAUAAAGUGUAAUUGUAGGGGGAUAAUAUUAGAAGAUUUUGCCGUGGACUUACCCAAAUAUGCUUCCUGCGGUUUUUUGCAGUUCAAAUUUAAUGAUUUUCGUUCCAUGUGCUACAGUCUGUUAACAGAUGGUCAAAAGAAGCAGUUCCAUCAACGUGCAAUACGUUAUAUUCAGCACGAAACUAAAAAGUGCAGAGCUUGUGGUAACGGUUAUUUUGCUGUUGGCUUAAUUAAGACUCGAUCUGUCGCUGUUAAGGAUAAAGUUACAAAAACGACAGAUAUAAGACAUUCCUCGUUGGAUGCGAUACUACAUGAUCUAUAUAUAGAGCGUGACAGAAGGCAAUUUCAGUCUGGAUAUUCAACUGAAUCCAUCAUAAUGGAUAAACCACGGCGACCUACAAAGUUGGCUCCAACAAAAUUUAGUGCGUUUAAAAGGUUGGAUGACUUGAACUUCUCCGUUUGUAGUUUUUCGGACUUCGAUUUUUCAGAAUGUAAAUGUUUGCUCAUUCUGAUCAGCGUAUAUUAUAAGUUGGUCCAGCAUUUUAGAGGAAUUGGAGAUCCAGAGCAGCUAUUUAAUGCCAUGAUGGAAUACGUAUAUUUAUGUAUCGACACAAAGAACACUAUUGAAGCACUGAAUAUUUUGGAUGAAGCUUUAGAGUUACUAGAACAUCCAGUGUUAAAGGAGCAAUACGUGGACUGGAUGUUGGACUUGAAGAGAGGAAAAGUGUACACCUUAUAUGGACAUGUUAAAAUACUUAAGUAUCAACUUGAUGAAGCUUACGAAUACUACAUGAACGCCUUAAAAAUCGUCGUUGAAAAAUGAACCUCUAAAAUCUGAAUUGGCGGCAACGUGGGCUCUAAAUCUAGCUUUGGAUGCUCAGGAAAACUACAUAACUGUUUGUAACGCCUACAUCACCAUUUUAAAAUACUAUAACAGAGUAGGAAAAGGCGUGAGGUAUGUAAACCACUUUGAAAUUAGCGCGAUGCAGCUGACGAAUAUGAAGAAGAACUUCGAAAGGGAUGAACUAAUUGCAGUUUGUGGAGUAUUCGUUCAAGUGACAAGAAAACGAUUGUUUAAUGAUGGUAUAAAUGAUGGAGUACUUCAACUUGCAAUAAAAAGCUGGAACUUGAUUAAGGCACUUAAAUCUAUGGAUUUAUCUUGGAAAGCUGCUCAUCAUCUUAUUUUUAUUUAUCUCAACAAGAAGUCUAUUGCUUCUGCAGCCAGCGUUCUAGAGGAAUCGAAACUGCUGACUGAGGGACACAUUAACAACCUUAAAUAUUUUUGGUACUACACGCAUUGUUUAUUGAUCGUAUUGGAAAGUUCGGUUGUUUUAGAAUCCUUAGAGGAAUGCGAUUAUUUUGCACAAAAGCAGACCUUCGAAGCAUCAGGUGAAACACCAAUCUGUAAAACAUUCUAUGUGUUGUUAUGGUUAUGGCAUGUGAGAAGAGAAAAAUGGGCGGAGGCUAAAAACUGGCAGCUUCAAGCUUUUAGUUUCAAACUAAUGGAACCUGGAUCAGCACCUCAUAACACAGCAGCUGGACUUUAUCUUUUAGAAGGAUGCAUGCUAUUUUUAGUUGACAAAAUGAAUAGAAGAAAUGCGUUCAUAAUGAAGCAGCUGUGUAUGAGAAUUGAGGACCUUCUGAGGUCAUUAAAGGAACAUGUAAACCGUAAGAGGAUUUUUAAAGGAAGAUACAUGCUAUUAAAAAUAUAUUACGCAUUAAUAAUGGACAAUAAAUUUCAAACCUUAAGUAAAUUAAAUGGUUUACGCGAAAAAGCUUUAAAGAUAGGUAGUACUCUGGAAGCAGAUUUGGUAUACCACACGGAAUUGGCAUGGACCAAUCAGUUAAGUGCAGAUGAAAUUAAUCUGUGGGCAACUUUGUGUCGAAAACGUACUGUAUCAUUGGAAGAUGAUGAUAAGAAAAAGGUUGCCCAUUAUACAUUUCCUCUCCCCCAAUAUUUAUAAUUCUAUUAAUUGGUUUUUAUAAAUAAUAAGCACAUAAGUA